GCUCACUUCCGACGCGGCUGCGAAGUUCCGGGUUCUUACGGUUGCGGCUGUUUGUAGGGGUUGCUAGCUAAUAGACUGUGUACUUUCACUCCCGAGGGCGAUGCGCUCUGGGGCAGCCGUCAGGGCCUGCCAGAAAGCCUGCAGAUGCCUGUUGUCUGGUUUUGGGGGUCGAGUAGAUGGGGGCCAGCCAGAGCGGUUGACGGAACGGAGUAGCCUCCUUGGAGAGCCCCCGAGGUCGCCCGCGGAGCUGCCUGGGGGGAGCGAACCAAGAGAAGCCCCAGAGUCUGGAGAGGGGAGCGAAGCGCUGGUAGAGAUCUGUCAGAGAAGGCAUUUCCUCAGUGGCACCCAGCGGCGGGUUAGCCGCGAUUCUCUCCUGAGCGGGUGCCACGCCGGCUUUGGCCCCUUGGGCUUAGAGUUGCGGAAGAACUUGGUGGCAGAAUGGUGGUCCUCCGUGGUGGUGUUCAGGGAACAGGUCUUUCCGGUAGACGCCCUCCACCAUGAAUCGGGCCCUUCGCUGCCCGGGGACAAUGCCUUCAGGUUAGUUUCCGCAGAAACUCUACGCGAAAUCCUGCAAGACAAAGAACUGAGUAAGGAACAGCUAGUAGCAUUUCUUGAGAACUUAUUAAAAACUUCUGGGAAACUACGGGAGAACCUUCUUCACGGGGCCUUGGAGCACUAUGUUAAUUGCCUGGAUCUGGUAAACAAGAGGCUGCCUUAUGGCCUCGCUCAGAUUGGAGUGUGUUUUCGUCCUGCUUCUGAUACUAAGCAGACAUCUAAUGGUGUUAAAAGAAUCGGUGAGACGACGGAAGCUUCACUGGUAUGGUUUACUUCAGCAAGAACUGCCAGCCAGUGGCUUGAUUUCUGGUUACGUCAUCGACUCCUGUGGUGGAGAAAGUUUGCUGUGAGUCCAUCUAACUUCAGCAGCAGUGACUGUCAGGAUGAAGAGGGACGAAAGGGAAACAAACUUUACUACAAUUUUCCCUGGGGAAAGGAGCCAAUAGAAACGUUGUGGAACCUAGGAGAUCAGGAACUUUUACACAUGUAUCCUGGAAAUGUGUCUCAAUUACAUGGCCGAGAUGGACGAAAAAAUGUGGUUCCUUCUGUUUUAUCUAUAAAUGGAGAUCUAGACCGAGGCAUGCUGGCUUACCUCUACGAUUCUUUCCAGCUAACAGAGAACUCCUUUACAAGAAAGAAAAAUCUUCAUAGAAAGGUACUUAAGCUUCACCCUUGUCUAGCCCCUAUUAAGGUUGCUUUGGAUAUGGGAAAAGGCCCAACAGUGGAACUAAGACAGGUUUGUCAAGGGCUGUUUAAUGAAUUACUAGAAAGUGGAAUUUCUGUGUGGCCUGGUUAUUUGGAAACUGCACAAUCCUCAUUGGAACAACUUUAUUCAAAAUAUGAUGAAAUGAGUAUCCUCUUCACAGUUUUGAUUACUGAUGCUACUUUGGAGAAUGGAUUAAUACAUCUGAGAAGUAGAGACACCACUAUGAAGGAAAUGAUGCAUAUAUCCAAAGUAAAAGACUUUUUAACCAAGUAUAUAUCAUCAGCUAAGAAUGUAUAAAUUUCAAUAUUGGUGUAAUAAAUGUUUGUGUUUUUUAA